GAGUUUGAAGGAAUUUAGAAGAAAACACAGUCUUUGCUCUGGCACCAGUGCAGAAGUGGGAGGAGUCAGGACAGACAGACACAGAAUCAGAGCAACUAUGGCCUCAUCAGUCCUGGAGAUGAUAAAGGAGGAGGUGACCUGUCCUAUCUGUCUGGAGCUCCUGAAGGAACCUGUGAGUGCUGACUGCAACCAUAGCUUCUGCCGAGCCUGCAUCACACCGAACUAUGAGUCCAACAGAAACCCAGAAGGGGAGGGCAACUGUCCUGUGUGCCGAGUUCCUUACCCAUUUGGGAAUCUGAAGCCUAAUCGGCAUGUGGCCAACAUAGUUGAGAGGCUCCAGGGGUUCAAGUCCAUCCCAGAGGAGGAGCAGAAGGUGACUGUCUGUGCACACCAUGGAGAGAAACUCCAGCUCUUCUGUAAGAAGGACAUGAUGGCCAUCUGCUGGCUUUGUGAGCGAUCUCAAGAGCACCGUGGUCACCAGACAGCUCUCAUUGAAGAGGUCAACCAUGAAUACAAGGAGAAGCUACAAGCAGCUCUGCAGAAGCUGACGAAAAAGGAGAAAAUAUGUGAUGAAUGGCAGGAUGACCUUCAACAGCAGAGAGCUGACUGGGAGAACCAAAUACAGAAGGAUAUAGAAAACGUUCAGAUGGGGUUUAAAGGACUAACAGACCUCCUGGACUUCAAGGAGAAUGAGGAGCUUCAGAAGCUGAAGAAAGAGAAGGAGGAUGUUAUGAAAAAGCUGGAAGAGUCUGAAAAUGAGCUGGAGCAGCAGAGGGAGUUGGUGACAGACCUCAUCUCAGAUGUGGAACAUCAGUUGAAGCUCUCAGCCAUGGAAAUGCUGCAGGGUGUAAAUGAUGUCCUAACAAGGAUUCAGAACUUGAAACUAAAACAGCCCCAAACUUUCCCUCCAAAAAUGAGAAGAAGGUUUCAAGCUCCAGAUCUGAAAGGCAUGCUGCAAGUGUAUCAAGGGCUCAUGGAUGUCCAGCAAUACUGGGUUCAUAUGACUUUACAUGCAAAGAACCAUGAAGUCAUUGCCAUUAACCAAAAAAAGAGACAAAUACAUUAUAUAAGUUAUAAGAGGAAGAAUCUUCAAGUUUCUGAGACCUAUCAUUUGGGUGUCCUGGGAUAUCCAGCUAUUUCCUCAGGGAAGCAUUACUGGGAAGUAGAUGUGUCUAAAAGUGAUGCCUGGCUCCUCGGAUUAAAUGAUGGGAAGUGUGCUCAACCCCAACUGCACUCAAUGGGUGAAAUGGCCUACAAAAUGCAACAUAUUUCUAAUGUUAAACUAAGUGAAAUGUAUCAGCCUAAAUGUGGCUACUGGAUUAUAGGGAUGAAGAAAAGGUCGGUAUACAAUGCCUUUGAUGAGUGUUCUAUCACUCACAAUUCCAGUGUCUUGGCUCUCUCUCUGCGUGUUCCUCCUACUCGUGUUGGAGUUUUCCUAGACCGGAAAGCUUGCACUCUUUCAUUUUAUGAUGUUUCUGACUUUGGAACUCUCAUCUAUAGGUUCUAUGACCCUGCCUUCCCUCUAAAAGUCUAUCCAUAUUUUAAUCCUAUGGAAUGUUCAGAGCCAAUGACAGUAUGCGGGCCACCCUCUUCCAUCUCUGUAAGAACACAGUCAAAAGAAUGA